GUACGAAGCGCGCGAAUUGAACUUCACAGUGAUUCCAUCUCGAACGGGAAAGUGACAGCUGCACACUCGGGGUUUAAGCUGAACUGAAAGGAAGCUGCAAAACAACAAGCAUCGUUUGCCAAAGCCUCAAAAUGAACGUAUCGAAGCUGUUUGUUAUCGUCCUGCUGGCCACGCUGCUGCUGUUCGGUGGUCAAGCCGAGGCGGGCCAUCUGAAAAAGUUUGGCAAAAAAUUGGAAAAGGUUGGCAAAAAUGUGUUCCACGCAGUGGAAAAGGUAGUGCCCGUACUGCAGGGUAUACAGGAUUUGCGUGACAAGAAGAACGGUCAAAGGGGUUAGCAAGGAACAGCCCGGUGGCUCGGAGGCUUGUUCAACAAGCUCGCAAAUGGAGAGACAGUUUGAAGUCCCUGGCUGGACUGUUUUUGAGCCUGCAACCGUCACAAACAUCAAAGGACUGUCUUUGCAACCUGCGCAGCGAGAUGAAGAUUAUUUGGAAGCAAUAUUGGGUUUGAGGUUUUAUCUUUCCUCUUCAAAAAGAAAAAAAAUGGGAAGGUUUACAAACAACCUGUCCGGAGCAAAAUUGCGUUUGAGAUGAGUAAAAAUGUAAACUGGUAACAUAUGUUUGCAGGAUUGGAAUAAAAGGGGAUUUAUUGUGUAGGAUUACACUUAGUGUACUAAUAGAAUUAAUAAAUAUUUUGCAUUGAUUGUAAAAUUACA